AUGCCAGUCGUCGCCUUCGCCCUCUCCUUCGGCUCCUUCGGGGACUUCGGCACCCUCCUCGGCCUCACGCACGCGCUCGCCGUCAAGCUCUGGACGAUCGACCCCCUCCAGACGGAGCACCGUGCGCUCCGGCGCGAAGUCCAGCUGCUCGAGAUGCUCCUCGUCCGCGCCCUCUCCCCCUCCCCCUCCCCCUCGCCCUCGGACCCAGACAUCCAGCGCCGCGCGCAGACGUGCCGGACCCUCGUCAAGUCCGUGCACGUGCGCCUGGAAGACAUGGAGCGCGUGAGCCGCGCGGGCAGCUGGCGGAAGGCGGCGCGGAAGGUGCGCAUAUGCCUCCUCCCCGAGGAGGAGGUGCGGAUAUACAAAGAGCAGCUGCGCGACGCGCGCCUGAAGCUGUCCACCGCGCUGGAGCGCCGCGAUCUUGACUCGGCGGUGUCGCGCGCCGGCGCGCUCGGUCCCGCUCGAAGGCUGAAGACGCUCGGGUACCCCUGGGAGGGCGGCAUCGCGCCCGGGCGGGAGCCCGUCGAGGUGCGCGGCGCGACGGGCGAGACGCUCGCCGUGCCCAUCGAGUUCACCGCGAACUUCAAGGUGCUGACGGACGUGAUGAUGCUCUCGAUGAGCACCUACCCGUGGUCCGAGCUCGCGCGCGGGGCGGAGUUUAUAUAUACUUCCUCCUCUCCCCCCUCGCUGUCUGCCUCCUCAUCCUGCUCAUCCUCUCCGUCAUCCGCUUCUUCCUCCUCCUCCUCCUCCCUCUCCUCCCUCUCCUCCCCACCCCCCGUCUCGCACCGCGUCGAAGUGAUCAACGGCGAGAUCCACGAAUACCCCGCGCGCCGCCGCGGGCUCGGCAGCCGCGCCUUCCCCAUCACGCCCGGCAUGCGGCUCGCGCUCACCCUCGAGCUGCGCGUGCACGUGUACGCGGAGUGGGCGAAGCCCGCGGGGGAGGAGCGGGAGGGGGGAGGAAGAGGGGAGGAGGGCGUAGAGGAGUACGUCGAGAAACGGUGGCGCCAGGUCGUGAUGGACGUGAGCACGCUCGUGGAUAUGAUACGCGGCGACCACCCCCCGUGCAUCCGCGCCGCGCUCGAGUACUUCCGGCGCCUGCCCCCCAGCCGCCCACGGUGCCUGCUCAAAUUCGUGUUCCCCGCGUGCGGGGCGGGGUGCAAGGCGGUCGAGCCGCUCGCGAAGACGCACCCGGGGGGCGACGUGACGGUGUGGGAGUUCGCGGAGUAG